UAGCUUGAAUCAACCUCCCAAUUCCCAACAAAAUCCCACGUAUACAACAGGGAGAAAGAAUUAAGAAGAAGAAGAAGAAGAAGAGCAAAAAAAAAAAAAUGCCAGAAAUCUCUCAUUCAAUCAAGCUCAAGUAUGUGAAACUUGGAUACCAAUACCUAGUGAACCACAUCUUAACAUUCUUGCUGAUACCCAUAAUGUUGUCCAUAUUUCUCCAAAUCCUUCAAAAAGGCCCUGAAGAGAUUCUAAUCCUAUGGAAUUCACUCCAUUUCACACUUGUUCAUAUCAUAUGUUCUUGCUUCCUAAUCAUUUUCGUUACAACUUUUUACAUCUUGGCGAAACCUCGUACCGUCUACCUAGUAGACUUUGCAUGUUUCAAACCUCCCUGCUAUCUCAGAGCCCCUACUUCGUCUUUUGUAGAACACGCCCGGCUUGUUCUUCCCAAUCAUCCCAAAAGUGUACAUUUCCAAGUCAAAAUGCUCGAACGCUCCGGCCUAGGCGAAGAGACAUGUUUACCCCCGGCUAUACACACAAUUCCACCUUCUCCUUCCAUGGAACUUGCCAGGGAAGAAGCUGAGCUGGUUAUCUUCUCAGCAAUGGAUAACCUUUUAGCGAAAACGGGUCUUAAGCCUAGAGACAUUGAUAUCCUGAUCGUGAAUUGCAGCCUGUUUUCGCCUACCCCUUCGCUCUCAGCUAUGGUUGUUAACAAAUACAAGCUCAGGAGUAACAUAAAGAGCUUUAAUUUAUCAGGGAUGGGGUGUAGCGCAGGGCUAAUUUCGGUCAAUUUAGCGCGAGAUCUUCUCCAAGUGCACUCGAAUUCUAAUGCUGUUGUUGUGAGUACUGAAAUCAUCACUCCCAAUGUCUAUCUGGGAAGUGAUAGAUCAAUGCUUUUGCCUAAUUGCUUGUUCAGAAUGGGAGGAGCUGCUGUUCUUCUGUCCAACCGAAGGUCAGACAAAUACCGCGCGAAAUAUCGAUUGCGACACGUAGUAAGGACUCACAAAGGAGCUGAUGAUAAAUCCUACAGAUGUGUUCAACAAACAGAGGACUCUGAAGGGCUAGUUGGGAUCUCAUUAUCCAUCGAUCUCAUGGCGAUUGCGGGCGAAGCGUUGAAGUCGAAUAUCACAACGCUGGGUCCUCUUGUUCUUCCAGCUUCAGAGCAGCUCCUGUUUCUCUUCACUUUGAUAGGGAAGAAAAUCUUUAAGCUCAAACUAAAGCCUUAUAUACCAGACUUUAAGCAAGCAUUUGAGCAUUUCUGCAUUCAUGCUGGAGGCAGGGCUGUGAUUGAUGAGCUGCAGAAAAGCCUGCAGUUAUCAGAUGAGCAUGUUGAGGCUUCAAGAAUGACACUACAUAGGUUUGGGAACACUUCAUCAUCAUCAUUAUGGUAUGAAUUGAGUUACAUUGAAGCUAAAGGUAGAAUGAAGAAAGGUGACAGGGUUUGGCAGAUUGCAUUUGGGAGUGGAUUCAAGUGUAACAGUGCAGUUUGGGUUUGCAACAGAACUGUGAAGACUCCAACUGAGAGCCCCUGGAAUGAAUGCAUUGACAGAUACCCAGUUCACAUACCUAAAGUGGUUAAGCUCUAGAGUUUUUAAUUAUUGUUUAUGCUCAUGCAUGCAAGAUUGUUACCCUGAAUGUCUAAAAUUAUUGGAUUGGCAAUUUGGCAUGUUUCCUUUUUCUUGUUCAGGGGGAUUGGAUUUGGUUUCUUGAUAUAGUAGUACCAAUGUUGGUUAUAGAUGGUCAUUUUUCCAGUAGUAAUGUUUUACAUGUGGAGUCUCUAUCUGUAUGUUUUUUUUUUUUUUUCCAAAAGGACUGCUUCAGAGCAGUGCCAAUAAACUCGUCAAUCUAUAUACAUAAAUGUCUGU